CCACCCCAUCGGCUUGUCUUUGCCACCAGCGGUCAUGACCGUCCCUGGCCAUCACUGGCUCUUCUUCUCCGUGUACCUCUUUGCCUUCGUCGUGGGACUGCCCCUCAACCUGCUGGCCCUGGUGCUGUUCGUGGGCAAGCUGAGGCGCCGCCCGGUGGCCGUGGACAUACUGCUGCUCAACCUCACCAUCUCUGACCUGCUGCUGCUGCUCUUCCUGCCCUUCCGCAUGGUGGAGGCAGCCAGCGGCAUGCGCUGGCCACUGCCCUUCAUCCUCUGCCCACUCUCGGGCUCCCUCUUUUUCACCACCAUCUAUCUCACCACCCUCUUCCUGACCACCGUGAGCGUGGAGCGCUUCCUGAGCGUGGCCUAUCCGCUGUGGUACAAGACGCAACCGAGGCUGGGCCAGGCGACUCUGGUCAGCGGGGUGUGCUGGUUCCUGGCCGUGGCGCACUGCAGCGUGGUCUACAUCAUCGAGUACUCGGGCAGCUCUUCUCGCAGCCAGGGCACCAACGGUACCUGCUAUCUGGAGUUCCGAGAGGACCAGCUGGCCGUUCUCCUGCCCGUGCGCCUGGAGAUGUCCGUGGUCCUCUUUGGGGUGCCGCUGCUCAUCACCGGCUUCUGCUACAGUCGCCUCGUGUGGCUCCUUGGCCGUGGGGCCAGCCGGCGCCGGCGCCAGCGGGUGGCAGGGCUGGUGGCCGCCACGCUGCUCAACUUCCUGGUCUGCUUCGGGCCCUACAACGUGUCCCACCUUGUGGGCUACAUCCGGGGUGAGAGCCCGACCUGGAGGGGCUACGUGCUACUCCUCAGUACCCUGAACUCGUGCGUCGACCCCCUCGUCUACUACUUCUCAUCGUCUCAGUUCCAGGCUGACUUGCACCAGCUGUUCAGGAGGCUGGCUCAGUACUGGGGCCCUUGGCAGCCUGAGUGCAGUGUGGAAUUGAAGGUACAGACUGCAGGGGGCGGGCAGGUGCAGGACUGUCCCACAUAGGUGGCAGGGGCUGGGCUCCAGAAAGGCCAUGGACCAGGACUGCAACUAGAUCCGUGGGUGCAGCGUGCGGAUCACCCCCAGCUCAGAGUCAGGCAUGGCAGGCAGGGGUCUGAUGUGACUCGGGAUGGUCCCAUUGCAGCCCAGCUCUCCCCACUCCUACCUCCCACUCCUCCAGCACACACUGAGAACACCAGUGACUCACAGGGAGCAGCCAUGGGGAGCGAUCCCUUGCAGGGCCAGGAGGAACCCUUCUCCUUUCCCCCACGCCCCUAUAAAUGCCACAGGUGGUCUGUUCUCUCUGCAGCCCCUGCUGAGGGUAAGGGAGGAGUUUAGAGCUGCCCUGUUGCUCAGGACAGG